CUACCCUGAAACCUCAUUUUCCUCGUUUCCUUGCUUUUCUGUUUUACUAUUCAAUAUUCAACACAGUUGUAUUAUAUAUAUAUAUAUAUAUUUAAACCAUAUAUAUUCACCGAUAAGAAGAUCAAAGCAUUAUGAAUGAAUCGAACGCGAUCACUCACGCAACAAUCCAUGGCUAAAUCUCCUUCUCUCGAGCUUGAUUUUUUCGGCAUGGAGAAACGCUCAACCGCUCCCGUUUUUCAGCGCAGAAGAAGCUUUCGCGAUAUACAAGGUGUUAUAUCGAAGAUGAAUCCGGAGGUGGUGAAGAGCGUGAUCGGGAAUGGCGGUUUGGGAUCGAAGAAAUCAACAUCGUCUGCUUCAGUUGCACCUCCUCAAUCGCCAAUUUCCGAUCCUAAACUCAGAGCUCCGAUGACGAUUUUCUACAACGGAGUGGUUUCUGUGUUUGACGUGUCCCCACGCAAGGCGCAAAAUAUUCUGAAAGCUGCGGAUGAAUCACUUCCUCCUAAAUCGGCAGAAAACUUGGAAUCCAACACAAAGACGGAGAGAAACUUGCUUGAAUCUCUCAAUGGAGAUUUGCCGAUAUCAAGGAAGAAUUCUCUGCAAAGGUUUCUGGAAAAGCGAAAGGAAAGGCUGGUGGUGGUGUCCCCAUAUUUAAUACCGCUAUGUAGGGAUGUCAAUCGGGCCAGCCCACCGGGUUUCGGGCCAACCCUAUUCGGGUUGCGGGUCAAUCGGGUGCGGGCUAAUCGGGUUGUUAUUUUUUCGGGUUAUAAAUUUGUUGGUAAAAUUUAA